CUUCCACCUUGCUCGCUGCAUAGCAGACAAUGGCCUCAUCCUCAGCUUCACCAGAUCUUCCUUUGCGCGCGGCCACUUGGACUUGCAAUGAGAAUGACGAAGACAUUCGGCGCAUUGUCAUCGUGCCUGGCAUGAUCAGUCAGAAAGCAGAUGUACACCAGGACUCGCUCGGCCGCUACUACUCCCAACUCCCCUCCUACUACGGCCUGUGCUACGCCAUCACAUACACGAACAUCUACAACAUGUGCAAGGCUUUUCGGGUGUAUGAUGACGGCGAGAGAUGUCUUUGGCCCGACGAGUGCUUCACCAUAUACAAGUGGAUGGAAAAACUGGAGAAAGAGACUGGGAUAUCCCGCGGCAAAGGCCUGUACGAGUGCGAGCUCCAGGACGGGCAGCUGAUAUUGUCGAUGGUCAUCGCUUGUUCGGACAAAUUGGAUACCGUCCCGCGUCCCACGGCUCGCAUCGAGGCUUUCAAGAAGUUCUUGCGCGUCAAGCGAGAUCCGGUGGUGAGAAAGUUCAGCCAGCCCAAAAUGUACUGUUAACUUGAUCGUGCAUUGCUCUCGGAUGGAAAUGCUCGCCGCGACGCAGUGCCCUUGUUUUCUCGUUCGCUGUAUCAUAUUCAUGUUCCGCUGGCCUUGUCUGCUAUGAAUAUCUAUUGUAUCGCUUGAAUUCUCGCUGAAUCUGCCUUGCCUGAG